AGGUGUCACAGGGUCAUUCCGGAAAUCAGGUAAGGGCGUGGCGACAGUCCAGGUGCUGUCGAGGACGAAGGCUAGAGAUAUGUUCAUAUUUGGGACGUUUUUUUAAAAAAUGGAUUUGACUCAAGAGGCGAUUUUAAACAUGUUAAUAGAAGGGGGCGGAAAGGUGAAAAACUCGGAUAUACUGAGCAAGUUUAAAGGACCCCUGAAUUGUUGUGAUCCGGCAGAGAAAAAACAAAACCGAGAUCUUUUCAAGACGUUUGUAAACAACAUUGCCGUUGUGAAAGAAUUCCAAGACACUAAGUAUAUAGUCCUAAAGAAACUAUAUCGGCAUUUACUAGAAGUCUCUAAAGAUGAAACCACCCCAAGAGAAGAGGAUGAAGAACAUGGAUCACAUGCAGCAGAAGAUUUCCAAAAUGCAGAAGGAAACAAGUCAGACCCAAAAACAGUGAACAGAUCUACCUCAAAAUCUUCACACAGCACCGUGGGACCAUCUCCUAUAGAGGUUACUUUAGAAAAAAGCAAGAAUGUGGACCUUCAACCUACAAAGUUUCGAAAUUUCAUCGUUCCUCUCAAAUCUGACACUGAUGACUCAGAUAAACAUGGAGCGGCAUGCCCUGCCAAGAAAGAGGUGAGCACAAACAAACCGUAUGCGCUGCCUUUACGGAUGCCUCCAGUCCACAUCAGUUAUCAUAGCAAGAAAACCUCCACCGAGCACUCGGGAACUGUCAGCUCUGCUCAAGAGCCUCAUUCCUCACCUCAAAGUAAGAGGAGACCUUCAACAGACAGUGUCGCCAGCGCUAGUGGCUCCCCACAGGUGCGGAGACACUUCAAGGCCCCUAAACAGUCCGACGAGCCCAAGUACUCAUACCAUUGCCCACUCGAUUCCCUGGAGCAUCAGUGGCUCGUGAAGUCUGCGGCCGGUCAGUGGAGUCAGGUGUACGGCCUGCUUUUAAAGGACGCUCAUCUUGCAGAGAAGAAGGACUUCAUGUCUGGUUUCACGGCCCUACACUGGGCUGUCAAGUGUGGAAAAACUGAGAUGGUCUGCAAAAUUAUUGAGGUGUCGAGGAAAAGUGACUGUGCGGUGGACGUCAACGUCAAAUCACACGGCGGUUACACACCGCUGCAUGUCGCUGCUAUUCAUUGUCAGCUCCAUCUAACUGACCUGCUAGUCCGAUAUGGUGCCAACAGAAACCUAAGGGACAACUGCGGUAAGAAACCAUAUCACUAUCUGCGCAAAGAGGAUCCGAGGGAGUUGAGGCAGCUUCUAGGAGACCCCAAAGCUGUCAACCGGGAGAUGCGUCAGGUCAGGGAUGACUACGAACCAAAUAAACACACUAUAAGCCGCCUCUUCCAGCCGGCACUUCCGGUGGGGCUCAAGAAGAAGAACAAGGCCAGAGUGCCAUUCAUCUUCAUGACUGAAGAUGACAGAAAGGAUGAGCCCGUGUCACAUAAAUAGAGGCUAUCUGAUGUGUUUCACUAAUUGAAUGUAGAACUGUCCUGUUAGGAAACGCAAAAUCAAUGCUCAGUUUUCAGUAUGGUGAUAGAAACAAAAUACAUGUUCCUGCAAAACUUUCAUAUUAAUGGACAAAUUGUAUCUUACAUAUUAUUUUAAUCCUCCCUCCCUAUUUUAAUGAAUGAUUGUAGAUUUAUUAUUGACGUACAGCAGAGUUGCAGAAGGGAUAAAAUGUGCCUCACUGUAACCCAAAUUUUUGCUUUUUUUAAAGAAAAUGAGGGACGAGUCGAAAUUAAUUUUUUCGGUUAUCAACAUUAUGCCACAAAUGCUGUCGAUUGAGCUUCACUUGUAUUGAACCCGGAAUAUUCCUUAAAAGACAGAACUAAAUGAUUGAAUCGGACACUGUAUCUAUGAAUCGGCUUUAUAUGAGAUUCUAAAUGAAUUGUGAACUGCAGAAGAAAUCUGUUCAUUUCAUUUCAAUCUUUUCAAAAUGUCUUAUUUGCAUAUGCAUUAUAUUGUAAAGUCUACUUUAAUGUUCUUACAUCUUUCCCUGUAAACAGAACUAUAAUUAUGGGAGCAAUUACAGCUUAUUGAAAAGUAUGUGAUUAUUUGAUAUUAUGAGAUUAAAGCUGACUGAGAUGAAUUAUGAGAUAAACAUCAAAUAUUAAAGUUUGAGUGCUAUUUCUCCUAAGGUGGGAGCAGAACUCAUUGGGAGUGGCCAAACACUUUUUUUAUUGUUCUUUUCUGUCUAAGCAUCAGGAAUGUUUCACAGGAAUGUAUUGUGAAAAGAAAGGCAAACUUUAUCAUGUGAUGUGAAUUUAUAUGAUCUGAGUUGCAUCUACAGUUUACAGACUUUAGACUUAAAAAUCUGAAAAUACUUACAUUACAUGAAUCAUGCAUGUGUGUUUGUAUCAUGUAUUACUAAUAUAUUUUAUCAAAUACUGUAUGCAUUAACAUUGUCAUUUAUAAUCUGUGACUUGACAUUUUACCAAAGAGAAGGCGAAACCCCAUCAAAAUGUUUUACUACUGAUUAAAAAAUAAAUAAAAAUGUAAUCAGACCCAU